GGCACUAUACUGACAUCUAGUGGCGGCCGCGCUGCACUUCAAUGCUCUCAUGAAAGCAAAUCAUAGCGGUUUGUCGACAGCAGGAAAUUGAAUUCUGCCUCCGAGGUUUCCAAGACCAUCGCUGCGUAUUUAUCACGGCACGACAGGAGAGUAAAUACCGCACAUUACUCUCUGGCUGUAGCUGCGAGGGGCCCAGGAAUGUUCCCUAUUGUUCCGCUUCAGUGUCUUCAUCUCUCCUCUUCCAUCUUGGCAAACGUUGAACUCAAACAUGUAAAUGAAGUAUGAAUGAAAAGGAAAACUUGUCCGUCAGUUAGAUCCCUUUAUGAACACGUUUUUAUUCAUCUCUGAGGUCAGCUUGAUCAUAAUUAACAGAUAAACAGUAAAGUAUUUCACAUUUCUUUAAGGUCUCUUUUCACAGCGGCCAGUGGUGCAGUCCUGGCGCCCAGUCCACUUUAGGCGGUUCCUGGCAAAGACGGCGUAGGCUUUGUCCAUCAUCGGCCUCACAAGGGGCCAGGUCAUGAUGCGACCCAGGAAGCCGAGGCCGACGGCACUAUACAUCACCGCAAACGCAGGGACGCCACGGUGAACCUGCCAGAACAACACGGUCACGAAAAGAGCCGUGACCACACGCUGGCAUGCUACCCUCUGGAUCCUGGCUGAGGAACUGGAGGGCACGGAUCUCUCUCACACAUAUGGGACAGAGGCCGUCGUACAGGACCUGACAGGGAGAAGAUGUCAUUAUCAUCUUCAGAUGGAUCCAAACAGAAACAGGCCCGGGAGGAUGGACGAAGAGGAUUCACAGACUGAAGGCAAGUUGUUUGAGAAACCUGGCACCAAGUGAAAGAAGUCCACCAGGGGAAACUAUUUGACCGAGUUACUUCCCAACGGAAAAUGAAGAUCGCGUCAGUGGAAGAAAUUAUUAUUAGAAGAAGCGCAUGGCGGUGCAGGCAGCAUCUGGACAAGGGCUCGGCUCGUGACUUCAUGACACUCAACACUGAGGGCUAAAAAUACGCCGCGAGCUUGACUUUGACUGCUGGCUCCGAGAGACGCACGGGACACGCUGCUGCACGGCGCUCGGCACACGCUUCAACAAGACAGUGAAUGCAACAUGCCCCCUCCAGCAGCAACAAAUCUGGGCUACAUUCCACCCGAUGGAGGCUGGGGCUGGGUCAUUGUUUUUGCAUCGUUCAUUUCCAUUGGAUUCUCCUAUGCUUUCCCAAAGUCCCUCACCAUCUACUUUAAGGAAAUCCAGGAGUAUUUUUCAGUCUCCUACAGUGAGAUUGCAUGGGUUUCCUCGGUCAUGCUGGCGUCCAUGUAUGCAGGAGGGCCUCUGAGCAGCAUUCUAGUCAAUCGCUAUGGCAGCAGACCCGUGGUCAUGGUCGGGGGGAUCAUGGUCAGUGCUGGCAUGGUGCUGGCUUCUUUUGGAACCUCCAUUAUUCAUCUGUACCUCUGUGUCGGCGUAAUCGGAGGUUUCGGUCUUGCUUUCAACCUGCAGCCUGCACUGACCAUCAUCGGAACUUACUUCCACACCAAAAGGCCGAUGGCAAACGGGCUGGCCAUGGCAGGAAGUCCAGUGUUCCUGUCCACUCUGGCUCCACUCAAUCAGUACCUGUUCGACUGUUUUGGCUGGAGGGGCAGCUUCCUGGUCCUGGGGGGCAUCCUGACGCACUGCUGUGUCGCCGGGGCGCUGAUGAGACCGGUCCAGAAGAACAUCCAGCCCAAGCCAAAAACACCUGAAGAUGCUCAGACGGAGAACCUGCUGCAGGAGGAGCGCAGAAGGCAGAAGCGCCGUCAGCAGUGUUGGCAGCAGUGCAUCGACCUGACGCUCUUCAAACACAGGGGCUUUCUGAUUUACCUGGUCGGCAACGUGGUGAUGUUUUUUGGCUUCUUCGCUCCGGUCGUGUUCCUGGCACCGUACGCCAAACACCUGGGCGUCGAUGAAUAUUCAGCAGCAUUCCUGCUCUCUAUUUUCGCUCUCGUGGACAUGUUCACCCGACCCUCCACCGGCUUGAUCGGAAAUUCCAAGUGGAUCCGUCCACGAAUUCAAUACUUCUUCAGCUUUUCCGUGGCUUUCAACGGCGUGUGCCACCUCCUGUGCCCCCUGGCGACCGGAUACACAGGGCUGGUGGUGUACUCCGUCUUCUUCGGGUUGGCUUUUGGGAUGGUCUGUGCACUGCUCUUUGAAGUUCUAAUGGACCUGGUGGGAGCUCAUCGCUUUUCCAGCGCCGUUGGGCUGGUCACCAUAAUCGAGUGCGGCCCGGUGCUUCUUGGACCUCCACUUUCAGGGUUCCUGGUGGACGUAUUUGGCGAGUACAAGUACUUGUACUACGCCUGCGGUGUACUGAUGUUGGUCCCAGGCAUUUACUUCUUCAUCAUGAAUUACUACAACUAUAAGAGACUGGAUGAGGAGAGGGCCCAAAGCCUGGCUGUCGGGAUGAGGACAGACGAGGAGGCGGUGCACCUCAAGCUGAGCCACGAUGAGAAGGCGGCACCCGAAACAAACGGAUGAGCCCUGCUUUGCCAGUCCCAGGUUUAAAGAGCACUCUGUGGUUGUGACUGGAGGACUCCAUGUGCCUGGGAAUAUUUCCAAAGUCAUCUGCUUUUCAUGCAAAUAAGAGGCUCCAGAGGAGUGGAGCGCUUUGACUCUGGCAGUAUUCAAAGAAAAUAUGACAAGGAACUGCAGUUUAUGUUGUCUGACUCUGACAAACACCAUGCAUCAUCAUUAUAUCAUAUAAUUCCACUGAGUGUAGAGGAUCAAUAAUAUGAGUGAAAAUAAUAAUUCUAGCAGAGUGUAUUUUUACAUGUUAUAACCAGGUCAUAAACAUUGCCAUGUGUGAAGUCGAACAUUGCAACUCGGAGUCAAAGACUAUCAAAGUGCCUCAAUAAACCUCAGAUAAACAUGCUUUCAUGGAAGUAUUACAUUUUGUCACUCACAUGACCUGAAAAGAUGUCCAUUUUUUUGUCUUCAUUAUUUUUGUGUCUUUAAUAUAUGUCCUGCUUUUGACUUUCUUUGUCAAGAAAUCGAUUUAACAUGAAAGUAUUAGAUGUUGCUGACUCAGUGUUUGUUGUACAGUCUUUAAUAAAUAACAAUUUGCUCUAAUUUGCCAGUUUUCCGUUGCUUCGUGUAACUUUUGUUUUGAACUGUUGCUGUCGUCUGUUACUGCACAGCACAGUAACAGACGACAGCGACAAAGGCGUCCAGAGUACAGUGCACUCUGGAUGCCUUUUAUUGUGGUGAUCACGAGCACUGAGGAACGUUAUCUUCUCAUAUUCGCCUCUAGGUGGCACUGAGCACUAACACGUGGCGGCCCUGAGUUC